AUGUUCAUUAAUAAUAUAAAAUCUGUUAAAAAUGUGUCCGAAAUGUUUGUGGUGUUAUUGUUAUAUUUAAAUUGUAUUUUUGCGAGAAGGUUUCCGGAAGAAGAAUACGCAGGCUAUUUAGAUACACAAUACGCUAAAACAAAUGCCGCGUUGGAAAAACUAGAACACGCCCCUCAAUGGACCCCAAACUGGCCAGACAUUGCAGUGAAAAUGGGUCAAGUAGCAGGAGUAGCCCUAGAUCCGUCAGGGCGACUUCUCGCCUUCCACCGAGCGACUAAUGUCUGGGACCUCAACACAUUCUCGGAAAGGAAUGUGUACCAGGGCAUCGGCGACCCUCCUAUAGCUCAUCCAACAAUACUUGUUUUCAAUGAAACGGGAAAUUUAAUUGACUCUUGGGGACAGAAUCUUUUCUACAUGCCACACGGCAUCACUGUCGACAACAAAGGCAAUGUUUGGGUGACAGACGUAGCUCUACAUCAGGUCUUUAAGUUUACACCUGAGAACCGAACUAAACCUGCUCUUGUGCUUGGAGAAAAGUUUAUACCUGGAGAUGACGAUGAACACUUCUGCAAACCCAGUGCAGUGGCUGUGCAUUCAUCUGGUGAUUUCUUUGUAUCAGACGGAUAUUGCAACACUCGAAUUAUUAAGUUUGCAGCCGACGGUACCAAGAUACUGCAGUGGGGGAAACGGCUCGGCGGCGGCCCGUUCGUGCUGCGCGUGCCGCACGCGCUGGCGCUGGCCGAGGCGCGCGGCGAGCUGUGCGCCGCCGACCGCGAGAACGGCCGCGUGGCGUGCUUCCGCGCUGACUCGGGCGCCUUCAGCGCCGCCUUCCGCCACUGGCUCGUCGGCCCGCGCGUCUUCAGCCUCGCCUACUCGCCGGAGCGCGGUGGUCGACUGUACAUCGUGAACGGUCCGACAGUGCAAGGAGGAGUGCCGGUCCGCGGCUACGUCAUAGACUAUACGUCUGGAAAACUCAUACAGACCUUCGCACCGGAUGAUGGAUUCAGCAACCCACACGACAUCGCAAUAUCGGCAGACGGUAGCUCGGUUUUCGUAGCGGAGUUGAACCCGCCACGCGUGGUUCGCUUCGGCAGCGUGCCUGAUAAAACUAGCGUAGCGGAAGAUACACGGACAGUAGCUAGUAUCGCGCCAACCAACUCGACGUAUACGACGGCUACCAGUACCGCCGUUGUGGAGAUGCGCGGAGGCGCGUGGGCGGUGUGGGGCGGGUCGUGGGCGGCGGCGGGCGGCGCGGCGGGACGUAAAACGGUCGGACGUCGACGCUGGGAGUACGGUCACAGCGAGUUCAAACUGCGCCGACUGUUGGAACGACGUCGCUUCACCCGCGUGCACUCCGACGACUCCGAGGACGAGCCCGCGCCCAUGCUGCCGCCCACCGCCUGA